GUUUCUUGCAGGCAGUUCACGACUAGCGAAUUUGAGGUCCCUACAGCAAUUUGCUCCUACCUUGCGAAUGAACGGCAUCACCAUGAGGCUGCGGUCCGGGAUCAAAACCCCAUCGGCCGAUGGCGUGAUUCCCCAGCCUGAGAUCGUUGAAUCACCCCGAAAGGCGCAGACCCCCAAGUCCAAAACCUCGGCGAAGACCAACGGGGCUUUGUCCAACAACACUGCGUCUCCCGCAAAGAGAGGUCGCCCCCCCAAGAACCGAGAACCGUCGCCACUCAAGCGGAAGGCAGCUUCGCCUGUGGAUGAUGCCAAGGAGGAACCCGAACAACAAGCUGAAGAGGGGGAUUCUGACGGAGACGGGUUUGGAGACGCUCAACUAGAGGGCGCACUGUCCGCAAGCGAGGACGACUCAGACUACGAGCAAUCUGGGGACGAGGCCGCUUCCGACGACGAUGAUGAUGACGACGACGAGGGCUCCGAGGAUCCAGAUGAAGACGAUGCGCUCCACAGCGACGAUAUACCCUCAGACGAAGAUGAAUCCUCCUUGAAAGUGCCACCAUUGGAGCCCGGCCAGGAGCCCGGGCUCGACCCGCCCAACGCUAACCAAGAAGACGAUGACCUCCGCAACUACCGCGUCGAGACUGAUGCCAAUGGGAACGAGAAAUAUGUCUACGAUGAGAUCGACCCAGUCUACGACUCGGACGACACCGAUGCGAAUGAGCCAGCCAACACCAUUGGCAACAUUGACCUCAAGUUCUAUGACUCCUACCCACACAUCGGCUACGAUAUCAAUGGCAAGAAGAUCAUGCGUCCUGCCGCUGGCGAGGCCCUCGACGCCCUCCUGGACAGCAUUGAGGUGCCCAAGGGAUGGACUGGCCUCACGGAUCCCGCCACCGGCAAGCCUUUGAACCUGAGCCGGGACGAGCUGGAGCUCAUCAAGAAGAUCCAAACAAAUGAGCUCCCAGAUGGCUACGAUCCAUAUCCCGAAAUGGUCGAGUGGUUCACUAGCCAUGAGGAAAUCAUGCCCCUUAGCGCCGCCCCGGAGCCGAAGCGCCGGUUCCUUCCUUCCAAGCACGAGCAGAAGAGGAUAAUGAAGUUGGUUCGUGCUAUUAGGGAGGGUAGGAUACUGCCGUACAAGCCGCCUGAGGAGCGCGAGGAAGAGGAAGAGGAGGAAGUGCACUUUGACCUGUGGAAGGACGAACAACCCAGAGAUCCUCAUGUCAUGCAUCUUCCUGCGCCGAAGCUUGCCCCACCAGGUUACGACCUCAGCUACAACCCUCCGCCCGAGUAUCUGCCGACAGAGGAGGAGAGGAAAGCCUGGGAGGAGCAAGACCCUGAAGACCGCGAGAAAGAAUAUUUGCCCAGCAAGUACGACUCCUUGCGAAAGGUUCCCGGCUACGACAUGUUCGUCAACGAGCGCUUCGAGCGAUCCCUGGACCUAUACCUUGCGCCCCGUGUGCGGAAAAACAAACUCAACAUCGACCCGAACUCCCUCCUGCCCAAGCUACCAAAGCCGGAGGAUCUCAAACCAUUCCCCACAGUAUGCCAAACGAUCUUCCGGGGUCAUGAUGGCCGCGUGCGUACGCUGGCUGUGGACCCAAGCGGAUGCUGGCUUGCGACUGGCGGUGACGAUGGCACUGUAAGAGUCUGGGAGAUCUUGACAGGACGACAGGUCUGGAGUGCCAGGCUCAGCAGUGACGAGGCUGUCAACGUGGUGAAAUGGAGGCCUGCCAAGGACGCCUUCGUCCUAGCUGCAGCUUCUGAGGAGGACGUAUACUUGAUUGUACCACCUGUGGUUGAUCCACAACUGGAGCAGGCGAGUCGGAACGUCCUGGACGCCGGAUUUGGUUAUGCGGCCAGUGGCAAGGCCUCCAACCCGGCGAUCGACAAGACCAAAGAGCCAGCUGCGAAAUGGGCGCGACCGGGCUCAAAGCUCGAGGAUGAGGGCGUCCUUGUGAGGGUGACUGUGAGGUCGACAGUGAAGGGCAUUGACUGGCACAGGCGUGGUGAUCACUUCUGCACCGUCUCACCAACGGGCCAGAGGAGCUCGGUCGCCAUUCACACCCUGUCGAAGCACCUCACACAGAUCCCCUUCAGGAAGCUUUCCGGUCUUGCACAAGCAGCACACUUCCACCCCUCGCGGCCCCUCUUCUUCGUCGCCACACAGCGCAUGAUCCGCUGCUACGACCUGCAGAAGCUCGAGCUCGUCAAGACGGUCCAGCCCGGCGCGCGGUGGAUCUCGUCGUUUGAUAUCCACUCGGGUGGUGAUAACCUGAUCGUUGGUUCGUACGACCGAAGACUGCUGUGGCACGACCUGGAGCUGUCGAUGCGGCCGCACAAGACCAUGCGCUUCCAUCCCAAGGCCAUCCGCGCGGUCAAGUACCACAGGGACCUACCGCUGUUCGCCGAUGCUUCAGACGACGGCACGCUACAGAUAUUCCACGGCAAGGUUGUCACGGAUCUGAUGGAGAAUGCAACUAUCGUGCCGCUCAAGACGCUGAGCGGGCACAAGGUAGUCGCCUCGCUGGGAGUGAUGGACGUUGAUUGGCAUCCGAGGGAGCCUUGGCUCUUCUCUGCUGGAAGUGACGGGACUGCCAGGCUCUGGAUGUAGAGAUUUGGUACUGCGGACAGGGAAAGAAAGAAUAUCAGAAGGGGAACCUGUAGAGUAGACACAAGGGGUCGCCGGGUGCCUGGGAGGAUCACGUAUGCGUGCAUGGGCGUGGCGUUUGUGAGAGGACUGAGCCAAGAAUACCAACAAGACAAAAAGUAAUCGCCAGUGAGAGGCCACAGCCAACCGACUUCGUCCGUCAACGUUUUGUCGCGCUCCGAUCCUAGGUCAUUGGGCAACUCGUCGGUAAGCUAAACAAGCGUGUCAUACCGACAACCAAUGACUAGAAAACAACCAGAGGCUACAUGCAGCUGAGGGCCCACCUGUGCGGCCUCAACUUGGGUGGUUGCGGCCGAUGCAUGGGCCAUAAGACCUGAGGCCCAACCGUGACGUGGUCAGGCCGUGACCCGUCUUGCUGACCGACUCUGUAUUAUUCUCGACUUCUCCCCGGUUCUUUUCAUUUAUCCACACAAGACUUGUCGCCAUCCUCACCCCCGCCACCUAAACCUCCUCAUCGACACCGUCCCUGAACUUCUCAAACAGGCUCAGGUCCACGGCCUGCGCCAUGGCCACGUACCCAGCCGGGUUGAGGUGCAGGUAAUCCCCGCUGUCAUAGAGCGGGCUCAGCAUCGUCCCGUUGGCCGGGUCCCUCACGGCGGCAUCAAAGUCCACGACGCCGUCGAAGCGGCCCGACGUCCGGAUCCACGCGUUGACCCUCUGCCGCGUGACCUCCCGCGCCGGGUCGCUGUACGCCUGCACCGAGGCGUUGCCGCCGAACGGCGUGAUCGUCGCCCCGAAGACGGGCAGGCCCCUGGCGUGGACGAGCCCGAUGACCUGCGCGUACGCCGCGAGCAGCCUGUCGCCGACGGCCUGCUGCGCCGCCGCCGUCGCGGCCGCGGUGCCGAUGUCGUUGACCCCCUCGAAGACCACCACGUAGCGCACCCCCGACUGCGCCAGCACGUCCCGGUCGAUCCGCCCCAGGGCGUUGGGCCCCAGCCCGUCGGCGAGCACGCGGUUGCCGCCCGCGGCCUGGUUGACGACUGCCAGCCCACGCUGCAGCGCCGUCGCGUUGGCGGCCUGCAGCCGCCGCACCAGGUUGUCGGGCCACCGGUUGUUCUGGUCCGUCGUGCUCCCGCGCCCGUCCGUGAUGCUGUCGCCCACGAUGGCCACGGCGCCCGACGUCUCCGACGUGGGCAGGUACGCCUCCACCGCCGAGAUGAAGUACCAGUGCGCGCUGCUCUGGGUCGCCGGGUCGGCCGAGAGGUCGGCCUCGCCCGUCUGGUUGCCCGGCGCGUAGAAUGACGUCGUCCGGCUGCCUGGGUGGCCCGUGAUGCUGUUUGUCGUCUGCCCCGAGGCCAGGUACAGGGAGAUGGUCAGGACCUGCUGCGCCGUGACGGGGAAGUCGACCGGGUCCGAGAUGAUGCGUGCCCCGUUGGGGAUGGUGAAGUUCGGCAGGCCGCCCGAGAAGGUGAGCGGCACCAGGGUCUCAGGCUUGACGGCUGACGUCCCGGCAGAUCCGUUCAGGGGCAGCGCGAUGGUGGCUGCUGAAAUGGGCAGAUCCGAGCCGCCGAAGACGUUCGAGAUGACGAGACGGAUCUUGGGGGCUGACUGCGUGAGGAAGAUUGUCUGGCGGAUGGUGGCAUCUUGGAAGACCACGCCGGUGGCAUUCUGUCCGAGUGGGUUAGCUUUUCUCACUGUCUGAGAGAGUUCAGAGCCAAAGCGUCGUCGAAGACGGAGAAGUACUUACAUAUGGCGCAGGAGGCAGGUUGGCCGGCUCGACGAGCUGGGGCAUGGACCCCCAAAUAUCGACCCAUUGGUUCUCUCUCUGCCUCUUGACGUAUGCCGCUGUCCAUGAUUGGAACAGGAGGAGGGCCGCGAAGGCCACCCUGAAUACCGAGCCAGCCAUGGGAGAUCUAUACUGCAACACAACAACACCUCGGACGAAUAUCGAACAGGGAGAAUGCGUGCAACAUCACAGGGGCCGGCAGAGGAAAUCCGGGGCCCCGGGUCAGUUUAUACCACAGCACAUACUUCCGCAAAGGCGUGUGCGAGCAAAGCAUCAUGACGAAGCUUAAAUGACCCCGUCCCGGCAUUAUGGAAACAAAGUGUCAUCUCGGGUACGAAAUUAGGCUAAAUGGGGCUGCGCAGGCCCAGAGUCGGUAUACCCCUGAGAGCCUUGGAAGCUAAAGUGGGAUCGUGGGGCGGUGGACGACGACAUCGCGGAGAUGAUCUGCGGGGGUGGACAGGGAAAGCUCUGGGGCGGAUGAGCAUGGGUCAGACUUGGCUUUCGCCCCAUCUUGAAUUGGCUUCCCUGCACCCGAAGCUAAAGCAACCUUUCGCCCUCCCCGGGGAGAGUCUGUGUCCUCAAGUCUGUUGAGAACAGACCGUGAUAGGGAUGUCCUGGGCACGAAUUCAGGGGUGAUGGGUUGGAGAAAGUUGGAGAGAACUUCAUCCCAUUCCCUGACGGCUGAAUGGGAUGUUAACGCGUACCAAGCAGUCAAGAUGACCUCAGCUGGAGGGGGAAAACACUCGCCUAGUUGUGGUUGCGGCCAUGAGGUCACCAUUCUCAUUGUACCGCUCGUCCGGCCCAGCUUUGAUGAGACUGACAGUCUGUCCCGAGAUGCUAAUAGGCGUGACGCGCCACAGGUUGCGUCUCAUUUACUCAAGGCAUGACGCUGAAGUUGGCAGGCUUACGAUGUAUAUCGAGCGAGUGCCUGGAAAAAGACAUGCAGGUUGAGAUGUCGUCGUGGCAGUGUAACGAGAGAGCGUCCACAUACAUCGGCAACGACUAGCCGAAUAUUCCGACGAGACCAGUGGUGAACCACAAACGCGGCGGCCAGCGACGAUGCCCUAGAUGGAUGAGACGUUCAGCUGGUUAUUGGCACAUAUGAUAUCUGGUGCAAAUAUAGUCUGGCAGACUGGCACCAACCUAGCCCCGCCUUAGACAGAGCCUUAUAUCACACACCCGAUCAGAAGAGCACCAUGCGCAGGUCGAUGACCCAUUGCGGAGCCUGCCCAACGUCCACAUCUUUCUUUGCAUCUGGGUGGCACGACUUGGGCGGACGGCACAGCGAAAGUCAUCCGGGCAUAUAUGGAAGCUCACUGGUGAAGAGGCUUCGCAGGAGAAGAGGUGACUGUGGUUUUGUGAUGAGCGAUGAGCGAUGAGCGAUCAUGUCGUUUUGCGGCGGCUUAACGACUGCACACUCAGGCUACCAUCGGCACAAUCGGGCGACAACACGUCAAGCCCCCCCCGAAACACCCCCUUCCACAAGGCUGGCUGUUGGCCUAUGACACCAGCACCGAAAAAUGCCCCGGGGUGAUCGACCACAUAUUGGCGCUGCUAUUGAUUGCUUUCUUAGCUGUCAUGAUGCUAACUUCAUUAUCCUGGCUCACUAGUCUGGAUGAUCUCAUAUAGUGCCAGGACGGGGCGGCUCAAGCGCGCUUGGCUGGAAAUGCGAAUACCGGUCAGAAGAAAUGGUCUUCUGCAAUGCAGCUGCAGGCGAUUUGUCGGAUGGUUUUACUGCCGAAGGCGC